CGCCCACAUUGCAGGCUGUCACUGAACUGUGACCACGUGACUGGCUCUCCUACAAGCAAUGACCUGCGAUAAAGUGCCAGGAAUGUCACAGAGAGCAGGUGACAUAAAGUACAGCUAUAUUAAUUACACAUCUGCCAAGCAACUUCUAAAGUGUUACGGAAGACCAGGAAACAAACAGAGAGACUUCAAACAUGUGUCAGAUCAACAUCACACAAACAGUAACCUCACAGUUCAGAGUUAUUCAAACCCAACGCAGCAUUUACAGAGACGUCUGAGGCCGAGAACCUGUACUGCGUGUAGGGCCUGUAUUAAUGAAGGCAAGAAGGAAUCCGUGGAAAGUAACGCUGUCCCUGUGUGGCUGCCACAAAGCUACCUGCCCAGUGCCACUAGUAAGCCAGGGAAGAACAAGCAGAACGUACAACAAAAAUCGAGGAAACCAGAAAAGUCCUCAGAUUCCAGAAAGUCAAUUUCCUGCCAUUUCAACGGUGGAUAUAGUGAUCAAUACUUCACAUCGUCUUUAUCAUCUAGCAGCUCCGGUUAUGACUCCAGGAAGACAGAGCCGAUGGAAAAUAAAGUGUGUUCUUUGCCUGUUCUUCCUGCAAGAACUCUAUCAGAUCUAGGAAUUCAAAGAAUAAAUUCUACUGACAUGCCCCAGAGUACCCUGUUUUCUACCGAGGAGCUAAGAAAGUGGAUCAUACACUUCGGAGGAGAUGAGCAGGCAGCAUUUAUGGCGAGAGGACUGCAGAGGCUGCAACUAGCGUAUGAGCAAGGAAAAUCCGAAAUGUCCAAACAGGCUGAGAGCAAAACCCAUCUGCCAAUUUCACAAUAAUUACUUAUAUUUAUAAUGGGCUGUUUAUAGAGAAUUUUAUAAAUGAACUGUUGAGUCAUAAAAUAAUAAACAAUACCAAAACAGAA